AUGAGCCUCAGCUCGGCCACACCGCCCACGCCAACAGCCCUUGCACCGCCCGGUGAACGGCUCUCCAUCCACUAUGCCCACGACUGGGACACGUCGGCCGAGACGGACAAGCUGUUCCAGGAUGAUGCCGUCUGGAUCAUCACCUCAUCCUUCAUCAUCUUCACCAUGCACUCUGGCUUCGGCCUGCUCGAGUCUGGCAGUGUCUCGGCCAAGGACGAGGUCAACAUCAUGGUCAAGUGGUGUUCGGCGGUGUCUCGUACUAGACCAUCGGCUUUGGCUUGUCUUUGGCGACUACGAGCGUUCCGGAACUCGAUUGUUGGAUUUGGGAAAUUUUUCUACGAUCCGUCAAGGGCUGAAACGUCGGUGAAUGUGGAGGGCUGGGCGUAUGCGUCGUUUCUUUUCCGGCAGCUUUCAUUAGACAACGACGGCUUCCUACGA